CGUGGCGUCAACGGCCUACUAGGUAAGCCUUGCCGUCAGGGUGGGCCCGAAUUUAGCUACUUCCCCGCAUCACGCGAAUUUGACAUUCACAAUAUUCUGAACUUCAGAUCGUGCCUCCUCGGCACCUCGGUUUGGCUCGUCCGUCCGAGAUCUUAUUGGUCGUCAACAUCUACUCAAUUCUACUUUGGGCUUCCUUCUAGCGCGCAGGAAGCAAUUGUGCAAUGCACGAUCAAGCAUAUGGCACACAAAUCAUGUUGCGCAAGGCUCUCUCGCAUCGGGGUUCCCAAAUUGCCUAGCGCAUGCACGGCGUCAAUUAAAGAGUUCACUUAGAUCUUGAACAACGAGAACUUGAGAUGAGCAUUAAGGGUAACGGGUGCCUGCAAAAGUACUGUGCUCAUUGUCGACCUCGACUACAACUAUGCCAACGAAGAUUGAAGGGCUGCUGGAUCAUGGGGCACUGGAAGACGUCCGACCGGACAACAACACGUGGAAGUCACUCCGAGCGACGCAUUGGGGCCUCGACAUAGUCCGUCCAGAGUUUCUCGCCCUGCGACCGAGCAGUCCAAAGAAACUUGUACGGCGUACAGCAUGGCUCGACGGCCUACGGGGCUUUGCUGCAUUCCUGGUUUAUCUUCACCACCACCAGCUGUGGUCGCACGACAUCCAUGGUAAUUCGGUCUUCGAAAACUCAUUUGGCUACAACCACCGCCAUUAUUUCGCAGCGCUUCCAUUUGUAAGGCAUUUCUUCUCUGGUGGGCACUUUGCAGUUGCUAUAUUUUUCGUCAUCUCUGGCUAUGUCCUCUCUGUCAAACCUUUAGGGUUGAUACAGAAAGGUCAACAUAUGGCGUCAGCAGAUAGUGUUGGCUCUGCGCUGUUCCGACGUUGGCUACGUCUUUACUUACCGGUCAUUGGUUUUACCCUCUCCUGGAUGGUAGCCCGACACUGGACUAAUGUAUGGGUGGACUUUGGUGAACGCAAAGAUUCGUGGGGCGAAGAGUUCAAGACUUGGUACUACACCUUCAAAAACUAUAGUUUUGUGUUCCUCACCGGAGACGGACUCGAAUUCACGAGCAAGUACAACGGCCACUUAUGGUCCAUUCCGAUGGAAUUCAGAGGUUCAGUCAUUGUCUAUACCACAUCCUCCGCGCUUUCGCGAUGUACAAUGACCGCCAGACUGUGUUGCGAAGUCGCCCUGAUUAUCUACUUUUUAUAUGUUGUCGACGGAUGGUAUGGCGCCCUGUUUGUGGGUGGUAUGCUGCUAUCUGAUCUUGAUCUACUGUCCUUGAACGAUCAGGAACCACGCAUCUUGAGCAAACUGAAAGGAUUCAAGGAGUUUAUCUUCUUCCAUCUCUUCCUCGUUGCCAUGUACCUUGGCGGCGUACCUUCGUGCGAGUCCCUUGAAGGAUACCAGAACCUACUUGCAUCCUCACCUGGAUGGAAGUGGCUCUUCAAGCUCAAGCCACAGGCUGUGUGGGAUUUCAAAUGGUUCUAUCUCACCUGGGCAGCUAUAUUCACCGUCGCUUCCAUCCCACGACUACCACUGCUUAAGCGUUUCUUCGAGACACGCUUCUGUCAAUAUCUUGGACGGAUUUCUUUCGCUCUAUAUCUGGUCCAUGGUAUUGUCAUCCACGUUUUCACUAAUCGACUUUACGCUGCAGUUGGCUUCAAGAAAGAUGGGCACAAAAACAUUUCUCAUUGGGUUGGCCUAUUUCCGCUGACUAUGAAUGGACCUAUGGGCUUUGAGCUGGCAUUUUGGGCGGUACAGAUCAUCAACAUCCCGGUCACAUUUUAUGCUGCAGAAGUUGUUACGAAGCUUUUCGACGAGCCGAGCGUCAAGUUUUCCACGUGGCUCUACAAGCAAACUUUGGAGCCACAACCAGAGUCGCCGAGACGAUGAGAUAGGCAUAUGAACUGCAAUAAAAUUACC